ACACACACUGCUUGCCAGUGACUGAUAUUAUUUGCUUCCAUCUUCGGAGUGUUGAUGGUAAUCUGAUUAAUUUGAGGAAUUUUGGCUCUAAGCAUGGAGGGCUGCUAUCUCCCCGAAUACGAAAGGAUGGAAGCGUGGCUUGACGACCACUUGGAGUUCGCUCACUCCUACUUUGUCAGGAAGGCUACAAGGGAGAUGGUGAAUGCCUGGUUUGCUGAGCGAGUCCACUCCAUCCAGCCCUCCUCAUCAUCCUCCUCCUCGUCAUCCUCCAAAGAAACCCUUAUACCACAGAGACCCACCCAGCCCUCAGACAGUCCCUGCCUAGCCUUCUCCCUGCCCCCUUCCCUGGGCCUGAACGACGGGCGCUCUCCCUCCCCAGCCCCCAGCCCCGCUCCCAGCACCCCCACCCGCAAGAUCUCUGCAUCUGAGUUUGACAGGCCACUGAGGCCCAUCGUGGUCAAGGACGCGGAAGGCUCACUAACCUUCCUCUGCGACGCCGAACCCGACCGAGGCGACAUCCGGACGCCCAUGCCCUUCAGAACCCAGCAGGGAGGGGUCGGGUUUGGCAUCCCCACGGGGAUGAUGGACGAGGUGGGCAGUGCCCGGGGGUUGGACCGCUGUGCCAGGCUGUUGGAGUUGGUGAAGGAUGUGUCGAGUCACUUGGACGUGACGGCUCUGUGCCACAAGAUCUUCCUGCACAUCAACGAGCUGAUCGCUGCCGACCGCUACUCCCUCUUCCUGGUGGGCGAGGACAGCUCCAACAGGAAGUUCCUGGUGAGCAGGCUGUUCGAUGUGGCCGAGGGCUCCACACUGGAGGAGGUGUCUAAUAGCUGCAUCCGCCUGGAGUGGAACAAGGGAAUUGUGGGUCACGUGGCGGCCACGGGCCAGCCCCUCAACAUCAAGAAUGCUUACGAGGACCCCAGGUUCAAUGCAGAGGUGGAUCAGAUUACAGGAUACAAGACCCAGAGCAUCCUGUGUAUGCCUAUCAAAAACCAUAGAGAAGAGGUGGUAGGAGUGGCUCAGGCCAUCAACAAGAAGUGUGGAGAGAACGGUACUUUCACUGAACAGGAUGAAAAGGACUUCUCUGCCUACCUGGCCUUCUCCGGGAUCGUCCUACACAACGCCCAGCUCUACGAGACGUCCCAGCUGGAAAACCGACGCAAUCAGGUGCUGUUGGACUUGGCCAGUCUGAUCUUUGAGGAGCAGCAGUCUCUCGAGGUGUUACUGAGGAAGAUAGCAGGCACCAUCCUCUCCUUUAUGCAGGCCCAGGGCUGCACUGUCUUCAUAGCCGAUGGAGACUCUAUGAACUCCUUCUCCAGCGUGUUUCACAUGGAAUACGAGGAGCUGGGAGAGGCCAUAGACGUCCCCAAAAGGGACUGUGACGUGAGUCAGAUAAACUACAUGUACGCCCAGUACGUGAAGAACACCAUGGAACCUCUGAACAUCUCGGACGUCACCAAAGACCAACGCUUUCCCUGGACGAGUGAGAACCCAGAGCACCCCAGUAACCAGAUCAAGAGUUUGCUCUGUACUCCUAUCCGGAACGGGAAGAAGGAUAAAGUAAUAGGUGUGUGCCAGUUGGUGAACAAGAUGGACGAGGCGUCGGGGAAGGUGAAGCCCUUCAACCGGAACGACGAACAGUUCCUGGAGGCCUUCGCCAUCUUCUGUGGCCUGGGUAUACAGAACACCCAGAUGUAUGAAACAGUGGAGAGAGCCAUGGCCAAACAGGAGGUCACACUGGAGGUCCUCUCGUAUCACGCCUCUGCUGCAGAGGAGGAGACACGGGCGCUGCAGGUAACCGCGGCAGCCACUGUUCCGUCAGCCCAGUCUCUGAGGCUGAUGGAGUUCAGUUUCAGUGACUUUGAGCUGUCCGACGCUGAGACCACUCAGGCCACCAUACGCAUGUUUGUAGACCUCAACCUGGUCCAGAACUUCCAGAUGAAAUACAAGAGUCUGUGCCAGUGGAUCCUGAGCGUGAAGAAGAACUAUAGGAAGAACGUGGCCUACCACAACUGGAGACACGCCUUCAACACCUCCCAGUGCAUGUUCGCCCUGUUCAAAUCUGGCCAGUUACAGAGUAAUAUGAGUGAGCUGGAGAUCCUGGCCUUGAUGAUCGCCACCCUGAGUCACGACCUGGACCACAGAGGAGUCAACAACUCCUACAUACAGAGGAGUGACCAUCCCCUGGCCCAGCUCUACUGCCACUCCACCAUGGAGCACCACCACUUUGACCAGUGUCUCAUGAUCCUCAACAGCCCAGGGAAUCAGAUUCUGAGCAGUCUGUCUCUGGAUGAGUACAAGGCCACUCUGAAGAUGAUCGAGAGGGCUAUUCUGGCAACGGACCUGGCUCUGUACAUGAAGAGGAGAGGAGAGUUCUUUGAGCUGACCAAGAACAGCCAGUUUGUCUGGGACGAUGACUACCAUAAAGACUUACUGAGGUCAAUGCUGAUGACUGCAUGUGAUAUUUCUGCCAUUACCAAGCCUUGGCCAAUACAGAAGAGGAUAGCCGAGCUAGUGGCUACAGAGUUCUUUGAGCAAGGGGACAAGGAGAGACAAGAACUCAACAUUGAACCAAUAGAUCUGAUGAAUCGGGAAAAGCGGGAUAAGAUUCCGAGCAUGCAGGUAUCGUUCAUCGAUGCCAUCUGUACACAGCUGUAUGAGACCCUGGCUGGUAUGUCCGAGUCCUGUUCCCCACUACUCGAGGGCUGCCAGAAGAACAGACAGAAUUGGAAGAUUCUGUCCGAACAGGGCGACAAAGGCUUCUUCAACGGAGUGGUGUAGAAAUGGUCAACGUCCCUCCUCCAUCCCCACUAUCACUCCAACCCUACACCACCCCACCCCCGAGCAGACCACAUCAACACUAAGCUAUAUUUAUUACCAUAGUCUUUUUUUUAUUUUUGCACAAAGUCGACUCCCUACAUGAAGGAAGUCUCACUAUAGUAUAUCCCUGAGUCGGAGGAAGUGAAGUAGACUGGACAGGAGAGAAGAGAGGUUUGAGUGUGCGCGGCUACUAUCGGCCUACUGAGCUCCAAGGGAGCAAUAUGACACCAUAGUACUGGAGACAGACAGACCUGGGUUCAAACAGUAUUUGAAAUCGCUCAAAUAAUUUGAGCUUGCCCGGAGUGCCAGAUGGGCGGGGCGGGAUUUGUACAAUGGACUGGUGCAAUUGCACCAGGAAAGCUCAAUUAAAGGUUACAAAUACUAUUUGAACCCAGGUCUUAGUAGAGAUACAACUUUACUUUCACCACAGUAAGAUGCUUGUUUGUAACACCAGGGUGCACGCACACACCACAAAGGUUUUGAGAGAACGUACAUUUUUGUAACAUUGUCACUCGUUAUAACUAUUGCAUAUUUAUGUUUUAUAUAUUUAUUCGAUUUCUAUACUGUAUCGUCAGUUUCAUGUUGAGAACACACACACGUCUUUAUAAAACAAUGUACGUUUUAUUACCGAACGAUCCAAAUGUCUCUGCUUUGAAAACUUCACCCGACCAUUCAUGUGUGUAUUUUUUUAGGUGUUAUAUUAUUUUAACUUUGCAAAUUGUAAAGGAGCCAAAGACUAGACACGUGGUCUAGAAGAUUCCACUGCCUUCCUGUGACAUAGGUAUGAAAGGUCCAAUUUCACACUUCAAAAAUAACCCAUUUGUAUGUAGACACUUGUCCACCCUGUUGGCCCUCAUAAUGGACCAGCCCAGCUGGUUGUCCUUUUUUUGACAUUCCCUUUUUUAAACGUGUUGAAUGUGAGGCCGGGGUGUCUAGCUGAAAGCAGAGCUUGACAGUCGGAAGCCCAAAAUCAAUUUGCAAUGUUGUCAGUCUACCUUGAGGUAAUUUGUAUUCGUCUUUAUAGUGGAACAUUUUAAAAUGGCAUUAUAGAUUUUUUUUUUCAUUUUUCCAUUUCUUCCAAUACAGGGAAUGACAGGACUGAAUAACCACCCACUAUCUUUCAAUCCGAAAAUGACUUGUCUUUCUCUAAACUUUCUGCCUCCAACAUUCACACGAUAUACUAUAGUAGUUUUCAGGUAGAGAUAUGUGAACUGCGUCCACUGUCAUUCACAGGAGAAACUCAUCCAAAUGUUACUUAAUCAUGUCCUAACUGCAGCACUUAUCCGUGUAGACGUACGUGGUCACUCCGAGAACCACAGUUGUUACUGUGGUUGUAUUUUGUACUUGAAGAAGUUUCCAGAAAUACUGUUGUUCCUGAUGUUGUGCUUUAAAAAACGAGGAUAGUUGCUUUUCUUCUUUCAAUUCCACACAGCUUUGGUCUCCGAUUGGUAUUUCUAGAAAAGAUGUGUUCCUUCACCAAUGAUAGACCUGUGUGUUGCAUGUGAAGUUACAGCAUCUAUAAAGAUGGCUGUGUGUAGUCACAGGACAGCAGCCCUGUUGGUUGUUAGUGGAGGCUGAGGUAAUGACAUGUAUAAUGGUUCCGUGUGAAGACAUGACAGGUUUCCCCCUCCUGCUCGUUGACUCUGAAGAACACUGUGAGACACGUUGAAUGGUACAUCCCAUUAAAAGGAUACUGCUUA